AGCUCUAAUGUGAGAAAUGAAGCUGAGAUUGACCUACGUUUCCUUUUUGAGAUGAGAGGAUGAAACAUUUAGGUCAAAUCUCGUCCAAGCUAGGUCCUAAAGGUUCACAGUCUGCAGUUAGCAACAAUAAUGAAGCAUCUUCCCUUUUCAAGGUCCAGAAGACCAUCAGAUACGGACUACCGUUCGAGCCGACCACCCUGGCAUACGACCCCAUACAGAAGGUUAUAGCGGUGGGAAGCAAGAGCGGGGAUAUCAGACUGUAUGGUAAGCCGGGAGUUGAGACGUACGUGUGCCAUGAAGAAGGCAGAGCUAUCAAACAUCUCUUUUUCUCUGUCAAUGAGGGCGCCCUGGUUAGUGUCACGGUGGACGAUUGUUUACAUCUUUGGAAUCUAAGACAGCGGGCCCCUCAGGUCGUGCAAAGUCUUCUUUUUAAACGUGAGAGUCUGUGUGUCUGCAAACUACCGCUGUUCACCAAAUGGAUCUACUUGGGGACCGAGAAAGGGAACAUCUUUGUUGUGAAUCUAGAGACAUUUGACCUGUCCGGAUACCAAAUAAUGUGGAAUCAGACGAUACCUAAAUCUCAAAAGGUGCAUCCUGGUCCUGUAACAGCUCUAGAGGAGCACCCUGUCGACCCUUCCAAGCUUCUUAUCGGUUACGAGAACGGGAGGCUAGUAAUAUGGGAUCUGAAGAGUAAGGAGGUAAUAAAGAGCUACUGUUCUGACAGACCACUCUCUUGUGUCUACUGGAUGAGUGACGUCAAACAGUUCAUUUCAGGGCACAUAGAAGGGUCACUAGCGAUCUGGAACUUCAACACCACUAGAGUCGAGGAGAAACCAGUUAAAUCAUUCAAACCCCACGAGUUCCACAAGGAGGCGUCCUCACCUCAACCUUGUAAUCUUAUCACUAAAGUUAUGUGGCUGUCAACUAAAACCGAUCCUGUUUUGAUAUUCAACGGGGGUGUUCCGGGUCCCAACUCGUCACACUAUAUCACCAUAUUCCACGGUCGCAAGCGAGAAUCCUUCAACCUGGAGAAACCUAUAGUUGACUUCGCGGUGGUGUGCGCGUCUCCCUACGCCAAAGACAUCCAGGACCCCAGUGUGGUGUUUGUGCUGCUUUGUGAUGACAUCAUUGCUAUCGAUCUUACCUCUCAUAACUUCACACAGUACCCUGCUCCUUAUGGGGUAACAGUUGGGAUCUCUCCCGUGACCCACCUGUCCAACUACCCCUCCUGUCCCACCUCCCUCCUAGAGGACCUGCAGCUCUGUCACCAACAGUCUCCCAUGAAGUACUGGCCUAUUGAUGGUGGGGAGUUGGGACGGCCCGUGGAGAACAACUACGAUUUGAGCGUGACUGGUCAUAAAGAUGGGAGUUUGCAGUUCUGGGAUGUAUCAGGAGUUACAUUACAACACCUGCAUACGCUUCAAACUCGGCAGUUUUUCGAUGGUAAGCAGACAACUGAAUCAGGGGAGAGCCUUGUCAGUGUGACUCAUGUGAACCUUUGUCUGAGUGGGCGGACCCUCGUUAUUGCUUACGCUUCAUCACAGAUACUCAUUCUCAGUUGGAACAACACGGAGGUGCUUCAAUCCUUAUCAGUCAUCCCGGUAUUGUUGGCUCAGCCUGAUUACGCGGCGUUUGAGUUUGACAGUAUGGAGGAAGAAAACACGUCCCCCGGAGACAGUCCUAAAACCCCCGGUGUAACGGAACAGUCGGAGGAACAAAAGCGGGCCUCCCAUCUGCUCAGCAAGUUUGGAAUCGAAAUGCCCAACUCUGGACCUUCAAACGCUGAUGACGGUAAAACGGAGCCCAUGUUAGGAGUGAUCACCGGGGAUAUAAAGCAGUACCCGGGUUUCCAGACUGUUUUGGGAGUUCAGUGCAUAUCCCACGCUAACGAAACACCCGGACAAAUCACUUGUGUCGAAUUGUCCUCAGCUUGGGGGUUAGUCGCGUUUGGGAGUUCCCUGGGAGUAGUCAUUGUGGAUUACAUACAGAAAUGUUUGUUGUGGUCGGCCAGUAAUUCUGAUCUUCUCAACAUUUGCUACCCGAACAUGAAAAUCCCGCUGAGUUACAAGGCGUCGAACAGCAAAAGCAAAAAGUUCAAAGUCACAAAGCUUGGGUCAUUCAACAACGCUGAGGAGGAGAACUUACGAUCGAGGAAGGGGACCCAGCGCGGAAAAAUGUUGAGUAUCAUACGACGGGACAAGGCGGCAGAGUCCCCAACCAGUCUCAACUCUCACAAGAAAGCCAGGAAACAAGGCAGUGGUGGCAGCAUUGACAGUCCCAACUCCCCCAGCUCCAUCGCAAGUGACACUGACGUGGCAGGAGGGCCAGAGAACUACAUCGAGAGUUUCCUGGUCCAGAGAGUGUGUUUUGUGGAGAGCUUCACGGACAAGGACAUCGCAGGGAACCUCACCGCACCCCGCCGUAAUCCAACCCUCUGGAUUGGUAGUUACAGCGGGGCACUGCUCUCCCAAACCAUCAAUAUACCCCCCGGAGAACACAGAACUAAAAUACCAUGCCAGGUAGGAUCAGGAGGAAGUCCUGCUUUCCUCAAGAGCCCCAUCAUUAAUAUCAGCGCUCUUGAUAACGAGGGGAACCCUGUGUCUCCUCCGGCCGCCAUAUGGCACGACGAAACAAGGAAGAAAAAGGGGAAGGUGAAAAGAAAGGAGAGAGAUGUUCUGAUGAACGAAAGUGAUCUCCAGAGCAACGACUACCUCGUAGUGGCAGCGGAGAAGAGCAUCCUCAUAUUGAAGCUACCUUCUCAGAACAGCUACGCUCGACAGAAAGUAUUCGACAACACUUACUACCUGAAAAGUCAGGUAUUGACCCUGGAAGGGUGGGGGAUAUGCAUGGCGUGUGUUUCUAUCAUGGGAUAUCUCUCCUUCUACACCCUCCCCCAGCUCAAACCUCUGGUCAACGUACCCUGGUUCGACGCUAAGGACUCUAGGAGUCUCCGAACCUUUACAUCCUCCUCAAAUGGGCACUCCAUGUACAUGUGUUCACCCACAGAGCUACAAGCCAUGUCUCUGAUUAACAGGAACCAUCUCAUGCUCCCGGAGUCUCUGUCCAUGGUAUUCACUAUGAGGGAACCUCCGGAACCACCCCGCAAAGGGUUCCUCAACAUGAUCCUGAAGAGGAACUCCGUGGACAGGUCUGAGUUGUUCGGAACGAACAGCGGGCCCAUCUCACCAGGCCUGACGGAGAAGAUAUUGAGAAGAUACGAGCCACUGCAACAGUGCGGAAGUGAGAUUAACAAGGUCAAGGAGGCCCUGAACGAGAGGAGUGAAAAGAUCAACGAGAUAUCCCAGAAAACAGAACAAAUGAAGAUGGAAGCUGAAAACUUCGCUUCUGCCUCCCACCUGCUUCAUCAGAGGGUCAAGGAACAAAACAAGUGGUUUUAGACGGACAAUUCUUUGACAUUGACCGUUCAGCUCGCAUUUAUUUCGUGCCAUGAUUGGUGAGAAGUUUUUGUUCUUUCCAGCAACAU